AUGAUUGCCACGGAGACUAUUGCACCAACUACAAAGUUGAAGAUCAAAUUCUCCACCAAACGGAUAGAAGUUGUUUCUGAGCCAAAAUGUCAGUUUGGAGAGAAAGUGUCUCAACUUGAUGCAAAUAGACCAUGUAAUCCUAUCAAAAAGUCCUCACUGCUAUAUUCCAAGAAAAGGGAACCAUCUGGGAAUAUCGAGGGUCCAAAGAAUAAAAGGCAGAAGAUUGAUCGGAAAGGGUCUCAGAUGUGUGCUGCAAUACUCAAAUGCUUAACAUCUCAUCACUAUAGCUGGGUGUUUAAGGUGCCAGUGGAUCCUGUAGCGUUGAACAUUCCAGAUUAUUUUACGGUCAUAUCUCAUCCCAUGGAUUUAGGCACAAUUAAAUCCAAGCUGGAGAAAAAUAUUUAUCAUAACAAAGAGGAGUUUGCAGCUGAUGUCAGAUUGACCUUUUCAAAUGCCAUGACAUAUAAUCCUCCAAAGAAUGAUGUUCAUUUGAUGGCAAAGGAGCUUAACAAAUUAUUUGACAGAAAAUGGAAAGAUAUGGAUAAAAAAUGGAAUUGUGAAGAUGAGCUUGGGAAAAGUGAGACUGGAAUAAUUAAAGAAACUAGAAAAAGUUGUAUUGGUACACAAUCCCGGCAUAAGGUUUCCUUGACCAAAAGGUCCCGAGCAUUUGAACACAAAGAAAUUCAUAAGAUUAGUUCAUUGACACCAAGAGAUGCUAAAGUGGAGGUACCUAAAUUAUUGCAGAUUCCUUGCAAACCACUUCAGAAGGACUUGAUUAAAGGAUUUGAAGAUAGGGAGCCAGCAUGUAGUGCUACUGCUUUGAGACAGGACUGCAAGACUAAGUGUACAUCACCUUUGCAGAGGAAAUCUGAUCCUGGUUCUGAUGGGGCUGUAAGUUCUUUAGAUAGUGAACACGCAUGUCCUAGUUCUCAGCAUACAACUCUUGCUACUGACGCCUCUUCUGGUGAUGUAUGGAGCACCACUGUUCUUCCUGUCCAGCUUUCACCUAAAAAGGCUCUCCGUGCUGCUAUGCUCAAAAGUCGCUUUGCAGAUACCAUAUUGAAAGCACAACAAAAGACUCUUCUCGAACAUUGUGAUAAAGGUGAUCCUCUGAAAAUGCAGCUUGAAAAGGAGAGACUGGAAAGGUUACAACGGGAAGAGCAAGUAAGGAUAGAAGCCCAAAUUAAAACUGCUGAAGCAGCUGCAAGAAUGAGGGCGGAAGAAGAGACAAGGCAACAGAUAGAAAAGGAAAGAGAAGCUGCACGAGCUGCAAUAGAAAUGAUGAAAAGAUCUGUUGACAUUGAACAUAAUUUGGAGGUUGUGAAAGAGCUAGAGAGUUUGAGUGGCUGUACGCUAUCUUAUAAAGCACUGGGCGGUAGAAAUGGCUACAGAACUGCAAUGGGGAGAUUGGAUAAACUUCAGUUUGAGAACCCGUUGGAGCGACUCGGUUUAUUUAUCAAGGAUGAUUAUGUCGCAGAUGAAGAUGAGGAGGUUCUGAACGGAGGAGCAGGGGGCUGGGAGGAAGGGGAAAUUUUUUGA